AUGGCUUUCCCAUCCCCAGGAACUAGAAGAGAAGCGCAAAUAGACCUCCAAUUGACUUGCGCACUGGGAGACGACCACUUGUUGCCUUUCAUGGACGACUCUACCUACCGCAGCAAAAAGGAUUCCGAAUUCGGCAAACGGAAUUCGCAUCCCUUUACUUCUACUACAAGUAUAACGGUAAAAGAUGCUGAUAUUAUGAUGCCGGUGAGAAGCAAUGGACUUGGUCCAUCCUCAAAGUCGCCUUCGACCAUCAGUAGUCAGUCAACAUCUUCUUCACUGUGGAAGCGAAAAAGACUCGGUUGCUGGCUUGUCCUCGGACUGAUCCACGAUGGCGCCGCCUUUUCCUUCCAUCACGUGAUAACGACUCCUCAGCAGCACUACUCGACACACCGGGAAACCAGGACACGACAAUUCGCAAAGAAAGGAAGCGUCAGUGGUGAUUCUUCCAACGCGGAAGCUUCUUCUGCCGGCAAACCUGGAUGGCGUCGACGAGUCUUGUCACGCUUCCGUCGCAACCAGGAUGGUUCUUCCUUGGAAGCUAGGUCAACUCUACAAAGAGAAGAAGAGACAGUGGUUCCGCCUCCAUUCCUCAUGACGAAUCAUCCAACUGUCGACUCGUUCAUCAUGGAGAACUUUGAACGACUCUCACCAGAGCAACUCUUUUCCACGCUGGAACAGAGCAACUUUGUCUUGGACGGCAGUGGUAGUACUGACACUUCUUCCGUGUUCUUUGAGACUCCCAUUGAGCUUCCGCUAGAUGGCACUUCUUCUCUCGAACAACAACAAGAACAAGUCGACUUGCUCGACUGUGCGGUGGCGGCUUCGCAGAUUGGUGCUACGUCCUCAUUUGAAGGCGGUCCUCUCAUUCGCAAGAUGGCACGCAAUUGGUUCCAAAACAUGCUCACCAACUGCUUUUCACAAUGGGCGGCAGAGGAACCUGUCAACCUACAAGUACGAUGCUCCCCCACGGGAGCCGUCUUGCCUGCACUCCUGCGAGGCCAGUUCUUUGCAAAUGCACGUGUUGACUUUGAUAGAAUCGUCUUUCCCUUUAUUCAAUGUUCCGGUGGUGGGUCCAUUGAAGGUUCCAGCCUGGCACUCAAUCUCUUGGCAUUUACCGUGGAUCGAUCGGCGGAACGGAAAGCCACGCCAAGUAGUGGGAACAGCCAAGUUGUUGAUGACAAGAAUGCACCCUCGAACAAGAAAAGGAGUGCACCUAAAGCAGACUCACCGACGGCGGAUUCCAGUAGAAGGACCCGUCUCUUGGAUGCCAAAAAGGCGUCGCCACGAUAUCUCGGGCGCUUUGACCUCCACGCCAAUGACUGUACCUUUACUCAAGAGGACUUGUUUGCGUCACGCUGUCUUCGCAAUGGAUUGCAAAACUUGGUCAAGCGAAUCAUGAAACGGCGUGGCUUCCGCUCCAAAUCGGUCGUGGUAUCGGACAUUUCCAUACUGGACAAUGGCAAGAUAUCCUGCAAAGGACAAGCCAAUGUGGACGGUAUGAUACCAAAGGUGUCCUUUGAGGUGCGAUCCGGCAUUGCAUUCAAGAAUCGAGGACAUGUAAUUGCCUUUCCAGGGCUAGAACUGUCCCUCAGUCCGGAUAUGGGGCUCUUUGUCCCCAUUCCCAAUGUGGAGCUUGAUGUUGGACACAAUGCCCGCAUGCGAGAGCUUGUCAUUGAUGGAACCAAAAAGUUCCUCAAGCUGGGUUUCUCCGUCACAAUCACACCGGAACACACCCGAAAACUCAGUGAAGAGUAUACUCAAUGCUCCGACUCCUUUUCCGCCAAGUUUUUCUACGAUGUCGGGCGUUGGUUGACUCGCAUUGGAAGAUUUUCCUUGUAA